UUUCUACAGCCUCUCUGCUCCUCCAUAUCUUUAUCUCAUUAUUCCCUUCUCCACCUUCUUCCUUGUUUAUUGGCCCAUUUUGUAUAUCUGCUCUGCUUUGACUCGUGUCCCUCUUUUUUUCUUAGAAACCCUCGACUAAUCGCUGUGCUUAACGCUUCUUAUCAUUUCGAUUCAAUCGAGGGUUUUCCUUCUUUUUUUCUGGUUUUCCCUCGGUUUAAUUAUCUGGGGUGUAUUUGGAUUGCUGAACAUUCAUUUUUUUCGCAUAAGGGUUAAAUGGCUUUGUGGUCCAUUUUAUUGGAGAUUUUGAAGAGACCCACUUUUGGGGAUGUCCUGGCUGAGCUCGUUAUGUUUGUGAUUCCUUUGUGGAUUGCAGUUAUUGUUGGGGUUUUAGUAGGAUGGGCAUGGAAGCCUAAAUGGGCCAAUUUGGGUAGAACAAUGUUGGAUUCUUCUGUCUCAAAGGACUCUGUAAAAGCUGUAGCAUCACCGCCAUCGUCGUUGAUCACCACCUUGAAUUCAAUGAAGUUUCAGUUGCCCAGUUUCAUGUCUAGGACUGCCGAAGAUGGAGUUCAGAAGGACUCUUCCUCUGCGCCACCUGACAUUAGGGAUGAUUCCAGUUCUUCACAGUUGCAAAAGGAUAAAUCCAGCAUAGUGAAUGAAGAUGAUUUAGAGAUUUUGUGUAAACUUGUAGAAGACAAAGAUGGUGGUGCUCCUUGGAUUCAGAUGAUGGAUCGUUCCAGCCCAACUAUGAGCUAUCAAGCUUGGCGUAAAGAUCCUGAGAUUGGCCCUACGCAAUAUCGUACCAGAACUGUUUUUGAGGAUGCUACUCCUGAAAUAGUGAGGGAUUUCUUCUGGGAUGACGAAUUUCGGUUGAAGUGGGACGACAUGGUUAUACAUGCUGCAAUUUUGGAGGAGUGCCCAACCACAGGAACCAUGGUAGUCCAGUGGAUACGCAAGUUUCCCUUUUUUUGCAGUGACAGAGAAUACAUCAUAGGCCGUCGGAUUUGGGAAUCUGGUCGAUCUUAUUACUGUAUUACAAAGGGUGUUCCUUGCUCUUCUGUGCCAAGACGUAACAAACCAAGACGUGUUGAUUUGUUCUAUUCAAGCUGGUGCAUUCGUGCAGUUGAAUCAAAAAGAGGGGAUGGCCAGCUGACUGCAUGUGAGGUGCUACUGUUCCAUCAUGAAGAUAUGGGUAUUCCUUCGGAAAUUGCAAAGCUUGGAAUCCGGCAUGGUAUGUGGGGAGCAGUGAAGAAGAUAGAGCCAGGUUUACGUUCAUAUCAGAAGCACAGAGCAAAUGGAGGUCCACUCUCACGCUGUGCUUUCAUGGCUCAGAUCAACACCAAAGUGAGCGUAGACUACCUGAGAUGUUUGGAAAGCAGUGCUAGUAGUUCUUCCUCAGAGGUUGAGAACCAGGACUCUUCUUCCAGGAAACCGGGUGGAAACAUGCCUAGGCUGCUAUUGAUUGGCGGAGCUAUUGUCCUUGCUUGUACUCUUGACCAGGGCCUAUUAACUAAGGCAGUUAUAUUUGGUGUAGCUAGAAGGUUAGCAAAAAUUGGGAGGUGGUCGUGAUUUGGAAAUUAUUUUUGGAUCAUUGCUCUGACCUCAGCUGAGUUAGUUGCUUCUGCAGUGAAUUGAGAAAUAGUUGGAGGAUGUUGAAUCUCCCAACUCCUCGACCUGUUUUGAAAUGGAUGGAAGCUUUUUAUUCAAUUUUUUUUUCCCUUGAGCUUUUGAGGUAGCGUGUGGCUUAAGAUUGGAAAAGAGAGAAGAUGAUAUAGUUGUAUUCAUGAAGUUUUAGCAAUGUGAUAAGGAAACUCAAGCUACAUGAAUAAUUAAAUUUUCAGGUUCUUGUCA